UUCGGCACAUGAAUAUCCAUAGAUUGCCUUGGCUACCUACCUACUUACAGCCUAUCUUAGGUACUUACUUGCCUUUGGUACCUUACCUUGGUAGUAAAUACUUGUCUGGGAAGGAGCGGUCCUACUGCUCCUGCAUCCAAACACCAGGCAGCAAACAAGAAACAGAAGGCGCGUACCAGUUGCCCGCAGAUUCUCCUCUCCCUCUUAACCACAACGGGAAUCGUUUUUCGCUUACCCAGCGUCAGUGUCGCUGGAAGACAAUUUGGCCUAGCGCCGCGGGAGGCCCGAAUGCCUAGUGGUGACGAUACUAGCGACAUGAAAGUCCAGCCUCCUAGCCGCCGCUUAGCGCCGCUUUUGUCGGGAAUAACGGCCCCCAAUCUCUGACGGAAGUACCCUCUCGUACGAUCAUUGCUGACGAAGUACAUCGAUGGGCUACAUUAAUAGAGGUGGCUUCUGUGCUAAGGUAGGUAGGCAGUUCGCCCUAGGCAUACACACUUAUGUACAGAGUACAUGAUACCUUACCUUGUGCAGGCAUUGUGUGUGGGCACCUUCUAUGUAGUGUACGGAGUUGCCUCUCGCCUAUUGCGCACCAGCCACGUUGUUUCCGAAUCUCCCCAUUCAAAGACACAGCGGAACUGCGCUCGUGUGUGGCCCGGAAACAAAACAAAACAAAACAAAACCUAGGAGCCGAGCAGCGCGCCUCGAGCCCCAUCAAACCACGGCCGAUGGAUGCCUCGCGCCGUUGAAGUGCAACCCCCAACCCCCCCUGGUCGCCUCGAACCAGCGAAUCGUAGGUAUUGCCAAGGCACUUCCAUCCUCUCGAGGUAAAGUUCGACUCGAAUGUCGUAUCACGCCGGCCCAAAAGAUACAGAUCGACGAACAGACUGCUUGCCCCAGGCCCCUCCUACUGCCACUGUUACUGUCUACGUCCAUACACCCCUCGCGCGAACGUCCCAACGCAGACUGCGGUAUCGGUACCCUUGGGUCAUGUCGCCUUCGCCGUCGUCAUUGCCAUCGCAUGCUCAUGUCUCUGGUCUGUGCUUCGACAACGCGACGUAGGAUGACCAGCUUCCUUGCGAGCUUCGUGCCCGAAUAGACCCCGAGAAUCGUAUACCACCAGUCAUCUCUCAUCCCGCACCGCAUCUUGAUCCAUUGCGCCAACCUGUCGCUGCCGCCAUGUCGGCCGCCAACGCCAACAACAACGCCAGACCCCACCCGCCUUCAAGGAGUUCGGCGCCGCGCGACGAGGCUCAAGUUGCCAAGAUCCCGCACAUCCUUCCCCAUGAGCGCGUCUUCCCUAUCCAAAUAGGCAACGAACUGUUCAAGCUCUCUGGCGCCUCCAUUUCGUCCGAUGCGCCCUCCUACUUCUCCCAAUACUUCUACUGCCAGGUCAAGAAGGCACAGGAAACGGGCGAGGAUCUAUCCAGUGCCAUCCGCACUCUUUACAUCGACCGCGACCCUCAGACCUUUGCCGACAUCUCCCUUCACCUCCAAGGGUAUCAUGUCAAGCCCCGAGACGGCACGCAUUUUGUGCGCCUCUUUGCAGAUGCCCAGUUCUACAGCCUACCCAAGUUGAUAUCCCAGCUCUACGAAGAGUCCAUCUUUAUAUCCAUUGGCCACCGCGAGUUCCAAAUACCCCGUGACAUCUUCACCGACCCGGGUAACUCUCCCAACUUUUUCUCCCUCGGUUUCGCCGUCUUCUUUUCGAAUCCCGAGGACCUGUUUCCCGGCCUCGAACGCGAAGGUCUUCUGCGUCCGCCGUCCAUCCUACCACCGUCCGUGCCGAAUCGCUCCGCCAAAACAUUCUCCGAGAUCCUGCACCUCUUGCGUGGGUAUCCCGUCACCAUCCGCGAUGAGACUCACCGCGCUGAGCUGCUGCGAGACUGCCGAUACUUCAACUUCAAGGGCUUGGAGCAGAAGCUUAUACCCCAUCACAUCAGCUACAACCAGAGUCGGCGCCGCGAGGAGAUCGUCUUGCGCUUGGAGGACAUUCUCAAGAGCGGCAUCAGCGUCGCAGCCGAUGUUUCUGCCUCCCCGGGUGAACAUUUGUCAGGCUGGGUCAACUAUGCGCGCCCCUACGUCGACGAUCGUGCGGCGGAGCUCGUCCUCGAGACGGGCAGUGAGAGCACCCGCCUACACUUCCAGUCUGGCUCGGUCCGCGCCGAGUUCUUCAGGGACACCCGUGCCCGGAUCGCACGCCUGUUCGAAGUCGUGGCCACGAAGCUGAACCUCCCACCAACCACCCAGCCCCUAGGCCUCCUGAUGGCCUCGGGUGGAGCAGGCAGCCAGCCCCCGACCCCGGGACAUACGCCCUUGAGCGAGGACCUUGUUCGCGUGCUCAUCGAUGCCGAUACUUCCAUCAUGCUGGACGGCAAGCCAUACGCCGUCGAAAAUGACGACAUGCACCUCGCGAACCCCAUGUCCGCGGCUUCGAGCACUGGCCAAGGCGACGGGGUUGAAUCCCCAACAGCGUCCGCAUCCCAGCCGAACUCGCGCAAGCGCAGGCGGGUCGACUCGCAUGGCUACGCGGCCGCCGGCCAAACAGCGCUGACGGCUGAAGAGUGGGUUGUGCGUUCGGGCCAAUGGAGGCUUAAGAUCCAGGGGUCACGGGGCGGCAAGAGCUCCGUUGAGGUCGUGCUCGUUGCCGUAAAGCUCGAUGCGUACAGCUCGGAGAACGCGAGGAACACCUCAAGGGGCUUCCUGAACGGAUGAAACGAGGUCCUUUGUUUGAUGCGCUUUUAGCCCCCCCUGCGGCUUUUGAGGGAUUGUGUUGCGACCAUGCUCAGUGAACACAAGAGUGAAUGGGUCGAGGUGGGUGUCAACUCUUAUGCUACACGACGUUACGACUCAAUACUACUGUAUAUACAUAUUUAUACCACGAAUCAAAGAGAGGACGGGGGUUGACGAGGAUGAGAUCUUACAACGUCCACGGCGAAGAAGAUGGAGGGGACGGCGAGAGGGUUACGUGUUUUAGACACUUGCGACAAUGUGCGAAACCCGUCUUGGGUCUUUCACGUACCACACCUAUAUGGCUCUCGAAGACCACUCGUCUGGCCAUGGUCCUCAUUCUAACCCACUUGAGAGGUGUACAGAGCAUUUUGGGUGAGUGUGAGAAAUGCAGAAUGAAGUAUCAAAGUGAGGCAAUAGCGCACACAUUAGUAUAGGAGAUUAGAGGAAAUUUAACUCGGUUUGCGCACGCAUCAAGGAU